UCAUCAGCGCUAACAUCUGUCGAACGCCGCCAUUAUCCUCACAGCGGAAGGAGGAAACUACGACCCAAAGUCCAGAGAAAAGAACUCAAUUCUGGAUAAAUUCUGGCAUGGAGGUCUCAGGAGCCGACAGCGACUGGAGGAGCCCUCAGUUCCGCCAGAAAGUCGUGGCUCAGAUUGAAGAUGCCAUGAGAAAGGCAGGAUCUGGAAACACCACACACAAGUCUGGUACAGACAUGGAGAGCCACGUCUUCAUCAAAGCCAAGACCAGAGAGGAGUAUCUAUCUCUGGUAGCGAGGCUCAUCAUCCACUUCAGAGACAUCCAUAAGAAGGCUCUGGGGGGACCUGAUCCCAUGAAUGCCCUGACUAACCUGACAGGGGUUGGAGGGGGCCCAGGCGCCAUUGGCAUGGGGCCUCGGCCCCCCGGCGCUGCAGUGGGGGGCAUGGGGCAGAUGCAGAUAGGCCAGCAUGCCAUGGCCGGGGUGUCUGGAAACCCACAAGCCAUGGGUGGUCAGAUGUCGGUGCAGCAGAUGGUGCAGCAGCAGCAGCAGUCCAUGCAAUUCCAGCAGUUCCAGCAGGCCCAGCAGCAGCAGCAGCAGCAGCAGCAGCAGCAGCAGAACGCUGCCCUCCAGCAGCAGCAGCAGUUCCAGCAGCAGCAGCAGCAGCUCAGGGUACUGCAGCAGCACCAGCAGCUACAGCAGCAACAGCAGGCCCAGAACCAGCAGCAGCAGAACCAGAUGCAUCAGACCAGGAUGCAGCAGCAACAGUUGCUGCAGCUGCAGCAUCAGGCUCAGGCUCAAGCUCAAGCUCAGGCUCAAGCUCAGGCUCAAGCUCAGGCCCAAGCUCAAGCCCAGGCCCAGGCCCAGGCUCAGGCCCAGGCUCAGGCCCAGGCCCAGGCCCAGGCCCAGGUACAAGCCCAAGUCCAGGCACAAGUCCAGGCGCAAGUCCAGGCCCAGGCUCAGGCCCAGUCCAUUCAGCAGAUGGUGCAGCAGCAGCAAGUUCAGGUUCAGCCCGGGCAGAUGCCUCCACACUCCCAGCAGCAGGCUGGGAUGGUGCCUCAGUCUCUGGCUGGACAGAUGACAGCUCAGUCUGUUCCCAUCAACUCUUUGACCCAGCAGCAGCUGAAAUUGCAGGCCUUUCAGCAGGCUCGUGCAACCCUGCCACUGCAGCAAGCCCAGCAGGCUGCAGCUCAGGCGCAGCUGAAUGCAGCGGCCGCUGCAGCUGCGGCUGCGGCUGUACCUGGACAGAUGGUCCGCCCUACGAUGCAGAAUCUGCCCCGACCUCCUCGGCCUCCGCCGAACUCCUCCAUCCCUCCUCCAAACAAUACUGCUGGCGUUGGAGGUCAGAUGAUGACCCCACAGGUGCAGCAGCAUACCAUGAUGUCAUCACCCUCACCUGUGCAGGUACCCACUCCUCAGAUGCUGCCUCCCCCCCAGCCGUCCCCGCAGCCCCCCUCCUCUCAGCCUAACUCAGCCAGCUCCGGUCCUACACCAUCUCCGGGGGGCUUCCAGCCCAGCCCAUCCCCUCAACCCUCCCCGAGCCCGGUCACGUCCAGAACCCCCCAGCAGAACCACGGGGUGGCCUCUCCUGGAUCACUGAACACUCCAGGUAACCCCAACUCGGCCAUGAGUCCGGCAGGAGCCACAUCUCUGGAGGAGCAGCAAUACAUGGAGAAACUUAAGCAGCUGUCCAAAUACAUCGAGCCGCUUCGCCGGAUGAUCAACAAGAUCGACAAGAACGAAGACAGGAAGAAGGAUCUGAGCAAGAUGAAGAGCUUGCUGAACAUCCUCACCGACCCAACCAUCAGGUGUCCUCUGAAGACGCUGCAGAAAUGUGAAAUAGCUUUGGAGAAACUGAAGAACGACAUGGCCGUGCCAACCCCUCCUCCUCCUCCAGUGCCCACCAAGCAGCAGUAUCUGUGUCAGCCGCUGCUGGACGCCGUCAUGGCUAACAUCCGCUCCCCGGUGUUCAACCACUCCCUCUACCGGACCUUCGCCCCCGCCAUGAGUGCCAUCCACGGGCCUCCCAUCAUGGGACCAAAUGUCUGCGGGAGGAAGAGGAAAUACGAGGAAGACGAGCGGCAGACCAUCCCCAACAUCCUGCAGGGGGAGGUGGCGCGCCUCGAUGUCAAGUUCCGGGUUAAUCUGGACCAGUCAUUCUGCAGCAACAAUGGCACCGUUCACCUCAUCUGCAAGCUGGAUGAUAAAAACCUGCCCAGCGUUCCUCCUCUGCAGCUCAGCGUUCCUGCAGACUAUCCGGAUCAGAGUCCGCACUGGGCCGACGAUGGAGAUCAGUACGGUGCGAACAGCUUCCUGCAGACGGUGCACAGAAACAUGACAUCCAAACUGCUGCAGCUGCCGGACAAACACUCCGUCACGGAGCUGCUCAACACCUGGGCCCAGAGCGUCCGGCAGGCCUGCCUGUCUGCAGCCUGAAGCCCCGCCCACGCACAGCCACCUGCAGGCUGAAGCCCCACCCACCUGAAGUCUACCUGUCGCAGCCACAGUAACUCACACUACGUUCUGAUCCAUUUCAAACAUUAAAGGUUGAAAUGAACUCCAGCUGUGAUGCUGCUCACCUGUUUACCUGCAGACCAGUAAGCCGCUGCUUGUGUUACUCAGAUGUUUUUCUCCUGGAUGCGUCAUUCUUUAGUUUCUCUGUUUGAAAACAGCCAAUAUAGUAAAGAUUUAUCAGCUGUUUAAAUGUUUUUUAAUAAAUAAAAUCAGUUUCAACAUGAA